AUGAUAAGGAAUAUCUUAAUAAGAGGAUAAAAUAUCCCAUUUAUUAAAGGAGAGGGUGUCUUGAUUGAUCAUUUCAACAAGAUUGAAUAGUCUAAGAAAUUUUAAAAUUACAUUAAAUCUUGGGAACAAUCGAAUGUUGAAGUGAAACAAAUAGAGGUAUCCUAUGUGUACAUGUUUGGAUAAAAUGUGGGUUUUGUCAAUUUAAUAGUUGAUGCAUACUUGAAUGGGAUUAAGUUGCCAGGCUUCGUAUUUUUGAGGGGAGAUGCAGUGGCAAUUCUCUUAUUGGUCAAUAAGAAGAUGGUGCUUACAUAACAAUUUAGAGUGCCGGUGGGUAAAUUUACAAUAGAAGCACCUGCUGGGAUGAUGGAUGAAUAGGGAGAUUUCGGAGGAGUGGCUGCAAAGGAGAUCAAGGAGGAAACAGGAAUCAGCAUUUAACACAAUGAGAUGCGUUACUUAUAAGAAAUGUUGGUGUCUCCAGGAGGAAGUGAUGAAGUGAUUCAUUUGUUUGUUGUAGAGAAGAAUAUGGAAUAGACAUAAUUGGAUGAAUUGUGUUAGAAGACACACGGGGCAGAAGGAGAAGGAGAAUAAAUAAAGUUGGUGAUCCAAGAUUUUACAUGGGACAAUGUAUUAAAGACAUAGGAUUCUAAGUUGAUAGCAGCUGCAGCAGCAUAUUACAAUCCAAAAUUGUGA